ACUGCAUCUCUCUUUUUCAAGAUUCCACUGGACAUUAGCAGCGGUUGAACCGCACCCGGCCGCCGGUUCAACUGAACUGGCCCCUUUUUCUCAGCCCCGUGGGACGGAUUAUAAACCUUGCUCUCCCUCACUCUCAUUCUAUGAACCUCCAGCUUUCUCUCUCUCCUUCCCUCCUCUCCAGUUCCACAGAAGGCUCCGUGCCUAGAUCCCGUGGAGAAUGUGUUGGGGAUCAAGGAGUGGUUGAUUGGAUCCAUCCCCUCACGUGCUUCCCUCAUCAAGUUUCAAAUCCCCAUCUGCGCGAGGAACUCCUCUCUCAAGGGGAAAUCGCUCGUAACUGUGCAAACACUUGUUGCUCGACCCCCCUCAAUCAAUCGAGCCGUGGUGUUUGUUGUCUCUCUCUCUUUAAGAUGGUUGCACGGAGGAAUCCAUCCAUUAUUGAAGAAGGUAGUGGAUCUGAAGAAAUCCAGGUGGAGCGUCCUCGCCGCUCCCAGACCGGUCAUGGUAGAGGCCAAGCUCGGGGAGAUGUUGGUGGGAGUAGUUCUCAACAACCUGAAAUCGUCCAUGCCGCUCGAGAAGAACCUGUCCCUCAGCCACCUCUCCAUCCAUCUUCAUCACGGGCUGCUGCAGCUGCCGCCUCUCGCCCCAUGAGCCGUGGUAAGAGAAGCAAGAAGAGAGGUGUUCGUGCGCUCAUCAGGGGUUUAAAUGGAAUCUAUGCUAUCUGUCGUGAGAGUUAUGUUCAAAUCGCCGAGCUAAAAAGGAAAAAUGUCGAGUACAAUGAGAACUUUAGGAGAUUUAUGUUAGAGUCGGACAACUUUAGGCGUUAUGUUGGUCGUGUACCUCUGCGUCCUGCUCCACCAUACAAUCCUCCGCCGCCUAUGCCCGACACUCUGGAUCAGUGGGUUCAGCAGACAUAUGGUGUUCCUUUCGACGAAGAUAUCUCUGAUGAUGAGGAAGAAAUCUCUGAUGAUGAAGAUGAGUCCUUCUGGUGAACAUGGUCAUUAUGGUGGCUUCUUCUUCUUCUUGGUUCUUGUUGCUAAAAGGGAGAGAAGUUCGUGACGUUUGAUCUAGUCUUUUGUUGCUGGCAGUUGUGAGAGUGAGAACCUAAACUAUGUGGGAUGUAAUAACUUUAUGAUUAUGUUGUCUCAAAACACCUGGCCUGUAAUAGAUAAUUAGGUGAACUUGUUCUUAUUAUGCUACUACUCGUUUCAUUA